AUGCAGAGACAAUAUACUGGAUAUUAUGCAUCUGCAUCUAUAAUUGAGGAUCAAAAUAUAAAUUCUAGAUAUAAUUUUGGAUCUCGUCUACUACAUGGUGAUUCAUUGCAAUUUUCCAACUCUUUAAAUUUAAAUGAUAUUUAUCCUAUAAAUAUUAGCUUAACUGGGAAUUUAGGUGAUAGGCAAGUUAGAGAAUAUGAUGAUUAUAUAGAGAAUUGGGAAGGUGAUGAAAAUGGUUUAAUUUGGGGAAGUAAAGAAUCUAAAGAUGGGAGUUGGAAUGAACAGUGGAUUGAACAAAGGAGAAUACCGAAAAGUUCCCAUUCAAAUCAGAUAUCAUCAUCAGAAUCUGAUGAUUCAGAGGAUAAACAAAGUGAUUCAAAUGAUAGAAAUAAUAAUACAGCUUCAUUAGGGCAGUUAAAUGGUAUAAACUAUAUAAAUCAUACCAGAUGGACUGAGAAAUGGUUUAGAAAAGGCAGAAGAAUGUAUAUUAGGAAACGUAUAGAGAAAUUAUGUGAAAAUAAUGAAGAAAUUAAAGAUGUUUGGUAUGAAGAUAUAGAGUGCACUAUAUGUGAUCAAGAUAAAACAAAAUUAAAAAAAACAAAUAGAUAUGGAAAGAAUUCAAUUACAGGAGAUGAAUGGAGAGAAACAAUUAAACAUGAAGAUAAUAAGAUAAUAAGCUAUUUAGAAGAAAGAAAUUUAACAUCUGACAUUCCAAUACAUCACUUUAAAAUUACAAAGCUAUAUCGUGAUGGUUCAAAAGAGAUUCAAAUACGGUCAAAUAAACGAGACAUUAACUUACGAAGUACUAAUAAAGAUUCUUUUAAAUCACAAUAUAGUCUAUCUACAACUUCUUCUAUUGAAUCACUAAAUAAUGAUACAUAUAAAUCUGAAACAUCAAAUAGUUUUUGGGAGGAACAUAUAAAAGAGGAUAGUAAUGGGAAAAAGGAAGGUAGAAAAAGUGGUACAGAUUCUCAAGGAAAUAAUUGGUAUGAAGUCUGGUUUGAAGAAGAGGAUGGAACAAAAGAGAAUGAUCGUUGGUAUUAUAAUGAGAAUCACAGAUGGGGAGAAAAAUAUGGAUACUCAAAAAUAAGUAAUGAAUGUUAUUCUGUGAAAUGGGACAUUGAUGAGACUGGAUCUUCUGCAAUUAAAUGUAUAGAGAAAUCUUGGGAUAAACCUGGUGAGAAUGAUAGUUGGGGUGAAUAUAUAAAAGAAGUUGUGGAUUAUACAGAUAAUUUGUGUAGUAACAAGCUUAAGUCAACUACAAAAAGCCAUUGGUAUAAUAAUGGAAAUGAAUCAUAUAAAGAACAAUUUCAUGAAAAAGCUGAAUUUGAUAAUGAAAUUUCUGAAAUAGUGCCCAUUUCUAUUAAUAGAGAUGGCACAAAAUUUGGAUUUCGUGUUAGUGAUAAUGAGUCGUGGGGAGAAGAUUGGGAAGAAAAUUUAACUAUUGAUGAUGAUGGGAAUAUGAUAAGAAAAUUUCAUUCAACUGAUAAAUGGUGGGCAAAUUCACAAGGUGAAAAGUGGGGUGAAAAACGAAAACUAGAGUUAAAACCUAGAAUUAACGAUUGUAGUAAUGAAGUCACGGUUUCUAGUUCUCCUGAUUUAUGUCAACAUACUAUUAAGAAUGAAAGUAUUUAUUCUAAUUCUUAUAUUGAGUAUGGUGAAAAUUGGCAUAAAACAAACCAAGAGGAUUUUAUAGAUAAAUGGGAAAUUAAUGGAAAUACUAGUAAAGGCUAUAAAACUGGUUGUGAUAAAAGAGGUGGUGAAAAUAGAACUAUAUUAUGGGAAGAAGAGUGGAAUGAAUCUACUAAUGAGAGAACAGAAAAUAAGAAAUGGACUGUAUAUGACCAGAAUGGUGAGGUUGAGGUUUGGGGAGAGAAUUUUACAAGUGAAGUUAAUGGGAAGAAAGUUCGUAAUAAGUGGAUAAAGAGAUUUAAUCAUACUAAUCGUGAAAUAGUUGAACAAGAAAUAACUGAGAAAUGGGAAGAUGAUGGGAAAGGAAAUAUAAAGACUUUAAGAGAAGGAAAGGGAGAUAAUAAUUGGUUUUCGGAACAAUUUGGUGAAUCUCUUGAAAAUAGUGAGAAAUGGGCUUUUAAAGAAGGAUAUGAUGAACAAGGAACUUGGAUUGAAAGAUGGUCUGAACGUCCUGGUUAUAAAGAAGCUUGGAAAAAAGGUGAAAAUUGUUUUGGGGAUAGGUGGGAAGAAGAGUGGAAGGAAGAUUUUUAUAAUAAGUGGAAAUGGGCACAAAAAUCUGGCAAAAAUGGAGUUGGGGAUGAAUGGAAAGAAGAAUGGAAAGAAGAAAGUAAUCCUGAUAAUACUAGUAGGAAACAUGCAUCCAAAUAUGGGAAAAAACUUAAUACUGGUGAAGAAUGGAAAGAGGAAUGGGGAGAGUUUUAUGCUGGUAUUGGACAUGAGAAUAUGGGAGAUGGAGGAGCCCCUGCAGAAUAUGUUGAAAAGUGGACUAAUAAAUAUGCUACUGAUGGCAAUGGAAAUGUAUGGGGAAAUUCUUGGGGUAAUAGAUGGCAGUGGGACUCUAAAAUAAAAUCUUGGGGGGAUAUAUGGAUUAAUGAUAAAGUACUAGAAAAGUGGGCCAACUAG